AUGUAGAACAUUUAAUACCUAAAGACAUUUUAUCCAAAAGCUACAGUUCUUAAAAAAAUUCCAAUAGUUCAGUUUUAAAAAGAAGAGAGAGUUUAUAUUAGAAAUGAUGAGGAAUUGAGAGAUAAAAUUAUUGGAAUGAGAAAAAGGUAAUAGUAAUCUAGUGUAGAUGUUGUUACUGAUUUUGAUGGGACUAUAAGCUCUUUUUAUGAUGAUCAAAGAAGAAAUGUUUCUGCUUCUUUUGGGAUAUUUAGGGAGUCUAAAUAUGUUUCAGCAGAGCUUUGCAAAAAGGCUAAUUCUUUAUUUGAAUAUUACCACUAGUUUGAGACUUCUAAGUAAUACCCUUUUGAGGUUAAAAAAAAAAUGAUGGAUGAAUGGCUGGCUGAAUCUAUGAAAUUAAUUCUCCAAAAUAACAUAGACAGUGAAUGGCUUUAGAAUAUUAUCAAUGAUAAUGUUUUUGCUUUGCGUUAUGGAUUCGAUACUUUUUUAAAGUACAGCUAUUCUAAAAAUCUUAAUUUUAUUGUAAUUUCCGGAGGAAUCCAAGAUGUUAUAUUCUACAUGAUGAACUAAAUCAUGAAUUUAAGCAACUAUAAAAAUUUCAAUCUGAUUGCUAACAAAGUAUUUUAUGACUAAAAUGGUAAAGUCAUUGGCUCUAGCGAUUAGUUAGUACACUCACACAAUAAAGAAAUAUUGCUCAAUCGAGCUGACUACCCAUAAUUACACUCAAGCUGUAUCUUAUUAGGUGAUAUGCCUCACGACAGCUUUAUGACAUAAUACGCUUCCUACACUAAUCAAAUAAAAAUAGGAUUUGCAAAAAAUGAAUCUGAUAUAGCUAAUUAUAAAAAACGUUAUGAUAUAGUUCUUCAUAAUCAAGGCAGUUUUGUAAGUAUUGAGUAUUUAAUGAGAAAAAUAAUGGAUUCUUAAGAACCUAUUCCUGAAGAUCUUCAUAGUAAAAUGAAACUUGUUGGACCUUAACUCUCUAAAAUCAUAGAGGAUUUAGAAGCAAAAGAAAAAAAUAUUAAUGUUUCUUUCUCCACAUGA